GUCGAUGCGUGUUUCAGAUCCCUGUGUGUUUCUUCCAUCUCAGGAUGUUUUGUGAUUCUGCGACACUCUUAACACCGGGGGAGCGCUAAAAACACCAAAGACCCCCGGGCUUUGGAACUUUCGUCCCCUCGAAAACAAUGCAAAGCAGUUCGGCCCCUAAACCCGGCCCCUUCCUGGGCCCAUAGCAGGAAGCGGCCGAGGGCGGCGGGAAGCGGCAAGAGGGCGGCAGGAGAGCGGCAGGGAGCGGCAAGAGAGCAGCAGGGAGCGCAGUGGAAGCACGGAGCUCGUCCCCCGCUGCUCCACGGGCUCCGGCAGCGCCGCCUCCCCGCGGCCGCGCCUGCCCGCGGCGGGAGCGGGACGAGGCGGCGGCGGCGGGGCCGUGAGGCGUUUUGUCCCGGCCUAAGGUGGGCUGCUGCGCUGCCGUGGGAGGCGAGGGAGCAUUGAAGCGGGAUGCGGUCAGCGCGGGGGCCCGGCGGCAUGGCGGGGAUGCCCGGCGAGCUCACCCUCAUGGAUAAGGGCGUUAAGAGCCUGAGGGAUGUAUCCCUGAGCUCGGACCUGCACACGCUCAACGCCCACUGUAACCUCAUCGCCAGGAUCCAAGGGCUCGACCACCUCCGGAAUCUGCAGCACUUGGAUCUGUCAUCAAACCAGAUCCGCCGCAUCGAGGGGCUCGGUUCUCUGGCUAAGCUGCGCACCCUGAGCUUGUCCUGCAACCUGCUAACCAAAGUGGAGGGACUGGAAAAACUCUUUAAUUUAACUAUGCUGAACUUGUCAUAUAAUCGCAUACAUGAUCUCUCUGGAUUUCGAUCCCUUAAUGGAACCAGACAUAAGAUUAGCCACAUUGACCUUCACAGCAACUGUGUAAGCAAUAUGAAUCACUUACUUCAGUGCACAAAGGGGCUGCGCUGUUUGACAAACCUCACGCUGGAAAGAAAUGGAAAAGCCAAUCCAGUUUGUCACAUAGCAGGUUAUAGAGAAACUGUUCUUCAGUCAUUGCCCCAGCUAACAGUUCUAGAUGGAAGAAAUACUUCUGGUGAACCAGUGAACCUGGCAGAAGAAAACUGUUCAGAUUUGCAGUGUUUAGAAGACAUUUUGGGCUCUUUGGUUUCAUCUGGGUGCCCUUCCACCCGAGAUCAGAACAAUGUUCCCUUACUGCUGGCGACACCACACAUUGACCAGGCGCUGGCUCAGUUUCGGCAGCGUUCAAGGAUACCAGUGCAAGGUGCCACCAGCUCCUCCACAGAGCUUGUCUCAUCUUCUGAACCUGAGAAGACCCAGCUUGAUAAAAUACACAGUGAGAUGAGGAUUAAAAAAAUAGAAGAUCAGAUUUUACAGAUACUACAAAAGGUAUCUGAUAGUUCAAGACAGGAAGCUGCUCCAAGUGCUCUCAAAGCUAAGAGAGACACAGAUCCAACUUCUGAGAGUGACAAUGAAAGUGGAAAAGAGAACAACAGAAAGGUCAUGAGAGGAAGCAAGAUCCCCACUUACCGUAAAACUGCCUUAUCUACAAAAGGUCAUGCAAGUCAUCUAAAGAAGAAAAUUACUGACAGCUGUGCAUAUAGGGAAGAGAAGAAGAGUUCCUUGAAGUGUCUGUGCUCCAGUGAGAAUGACUCUCAUUUUAAAGUAGUGGGAAGAAAAGCUGAAAUACUAACUGGAAGACAGAGCAAUAUGGAAAAAGUAGAAGAAUGUAAUGCAAAUCGCAUAGAGGAAUCAACAUACCGAGCACUGAUUCAGGAACUGGAUCAGGAGAAAGAAAGGAGAUGGAAAGCAGAGCAAGCAGAGAAGAAAUUAUUAGAGCAUGUCAGUGAGCUACAGAAGCAUGCAAAAGAAGAAAAGAAUAUUCAGAGUAUGGCUUUAUUCACUAGAGACAGGUUAAAGGAAUUGAUAUUGAAAGAGAGAGAUGCCAAAGCGAGACUGCAAGAAGAUGUCCAACAGUUGAAAGGUGAAACUGAAAGACUUACUAAUGAGCUAAAUCAGGCAAGAAAUAAAGAAGCAGAAUAUCAGAAGGCCAUGCAAGCUUUAGAAGAAACACUAUCCAAGAUGGAGACACAGAGGUUGCAGCAGCGAGCAGCAGAGAUGAAACAGGUGCAAGAAGCAGAGCUUAAAGCAUCAGCAAAUGAAAGAGAAGUACAGUUACUUCGAAUAUCUGUCCGACAACAGAAGGAGAAGGUGAAACAACUCCAUGAGCUUCUUGUAUUAAGAGAGCAAGAGCAAAGGAAAGAACUUGGAACCCGAGUUGCUUUAAAUGGACCUGAAUUUCAAGACGCUUUGUCAAAAGAAAUGGCUAAAGAGGAGCAGAGGCAUGAACAGUGUGUUAGAGAAUUGCAGGAGAAAAUUAACAUGUCAAACCAGAAGUACAGAGAGUUAGAAGAUGAAUUUCGUUUAGCUUUAACUAUCGAAACAAAAAGGUUUGAAGAGGUAAAACAGGGGUUUGAAAAAGCUUCUGCUGAUCUAGUUGAACACAAACAAGCCCUGUUUGAGUUGGAACAAAGGGAAAAAGACAUGGCAAGUCUGAUCCAAGACUUGACAAAUUUAGUGGAAGAACAGAAAGCAAAAAUUGCAGAAUUUACAAAAUCAAAUGAAGAAGCUACAGCAAACCUGAAGAGUCGAACUAGAGAACUUGAAACUGUGAUUGAGGAGGACAAACAAAAGGCUAUUCAAGUUGAACUUCUAAAAAAGGAAAAUGUAAAACUUAUUUCCCAGCUGACAGCCCAGCAAUCUGUGAUUGAUGGAUUAAAAAUGGAAAGAAAAAUAUGGGGGCAGGAGUUGGCAGAACAGGGAGCUCAUCUUGCACAAGAUCGAGGGAAACUGGAGGCAAAAAUUGAAGUUUUAACAAAUGAGAUUGACACAUUAAAAAAGCAAAAGGAACAGGACAGUGAUACCAUAAAAAUUAAAAACAAAAUAGUGGAUGAUCAGACAGAAACAAUUAGGAGAUUAAAAGAAGGCUUGCAAGAAAAAGAUAAACAAAUCAAAAAACACCAUGAAGAAAAUCGAGAAGCUCAGAAAUUGCUUCAAAUACAGUUGGAUGAAAAAGCUGCUGAAUGUGAAAAGCUAAUGAAAAAAUUAGAAAGGCAAAAUGAAAGAAAAGAGGAAUUAAAGCAACUGCUAGAAGAAAAAGAAGUAGAACUUGAUGACAUUAAGAAUGCACACAGUGCACUGAAAAAGAGGUGGCAGGGUAAAGGAGAGCUGUUAAGCCAGCUGGAGGUUCAGGUUAAACAAAUGAAGGAGAACUUUGAUUUCAAAGAGAAGAAGCUGAUUGAAGAGAGAAAUAAAAGUCUUCAAACUCAAAGGAUUGCUGUGGAAAAGCUUCAUAAAAUGGAUAAUGCCUUCAGAAAAAAACUUGAGUCAGUUUUGGCAGCACAUCAGGAAGAACUCUUGCACCUGGAAAAUGAAAAGGAAAAACAAAUUGAAGCAGCAAAUGAAAAAGUCUACUCUGUUGAAGAAGAAAUGCGGGAGCUUCUGCAAGAAAUGGCAAACAAUAAAAAAGCCAUGGAAAACAAAAUACGACGACUUACACAUGCACUGAAUGAUAUUCAACAAGACUUUGAAGAUUAUUAAUAUUGAUAUUAAAAUGUAUAUUACACAAGCAGUUUCAUCCACUACAAAGCACUUUUCCUUGUUUUCUAGAGAAUUAAGUCUUUGUUGUAUAUUUUGAUAGUUCAGGGA